CUGCUCCAAGGAGGAGGAGAAGGAGGAGGAGAAGGAGGGCGGCGGCCUGGUCCCUCUCUCGCCCUCCUUCCCCGCCUCUUUUCCCAAGGCCAGCCUCAUGUAGCCCCUCAGGAAAGGAGCCCCUGCUGCUGCUGCUGUUGCUGCUACUGCCUCCCCGGGCCUUCCAGACCAUCAUGUCGUCCUCCUCCUCGAGCCCGGUCCGUUCGCCCACCCUCCUUCGCCCCCCGAGGACCAUGAAGAAGGACGAGUCUUUCCUGGGGAAGCUUGGAGGGACCUUGGCCAGGAAGAAGAAGGCCAAGGAGGUGACUGACCUGCAAGAAGAGGGUAAAAAUGCAAUCAAUGCACCGAUGUCCCCUGCCAUGACUGAUCUACAUCCGGAAGAUACUUUAUUAGAGGAGAAUGAAGAACGCACCAUGAUUGAUCCCAACUCAAAGGAGGAUGCCAAAUUUAAAGAACUCAUCAAGGUUUUGAUUGAUUGGAUAAAUGAUGUCCUGGUUGAAGAGAGAAUCAUAGUCAAACAGCUUGAGGAGGACGUCUAUGAUGGGCAGGUGCUACAGAAACUGUUGGAGAAACUAGCUGGCCGCAAACUGAAUGUAGCUGAAGUGACACAGUCUGAAAUUGGCCAGAAACAAAAACUGCAGACUGUUCUGGAAGCUGUCCAUGAUUUGCUGCGACCCCACGGCUGGACUAUCAAGUGGAACGUUGACUCAAUUCAUGGCAAGAACCUGGUUUCGAUCCUCCACUUGCUUGUAGCAUUGGCCAUGCAUUUCCGGGCGCCUAUUAGACUUCCUGAACAUGUUUCUGUACAAGUGGUGGUGGUAAGGAAACGAGAAGGGCUACUCCAGACAGCCCAUGUCACAGAGGAGCUCACUACCACCACAGAGAUGAUGAUGGGAAGAUUUGAGCGAGAUGCUUUUGAUACACUCUUUGACCAUGCUCCAGAUAAACUAAGUGUAGUAAAAAAGUCCCUAAUCACUUUUGUAAACAAGCACCUAAACAAACUGAACUUGGAAGUGACAGAAUUAGAAACCCAGUUUGCAGAUGGUGUAUACCUAGUGUUACUGAUGGGCCUUCUUGAAGACUAUUUUGUUCCUCUCCACAAUUUCUAUUUAACACCUGAGAGUUUUGAUCAGAAGGUUCACAAUGUUUCCUUUGCUUUUGAACUGAUGCAGGAUGGAGGGCUGAAGAAGCCAAAGGCUCGACCAGAAGAUGUUGUCAACUUGGAUCUGAAAUCUACCCUAAGGGUUUUGUACAACCUGUUCACAAAAUACAAGAAUGUUGAGUGAUCUGGAGACCUCCUGAGAUGCUGUGGAUCUUCACAAAAUCCUUUUGCAAGGAGGGAGGGGAAAUAACUUUCUCUCUCUCUUCCUCUUGUGCCAUAUUCUGUAUUCCCUCAUGCAUGGUGGUUUCUCUUCAUUCAUUACUAUUUUCUCCAUGUAACUCCUCUAUGCUUUAAGCCCACUCUGUGACUUUGAAAAUGUAGUUUCAUUUAUUGAAACAUCCACAUUACCUUUUGGGUCUGUGACAGAAGGGUCUCCCACAUCUUGUUCUAUCAGUGGAUAUUGAAGUUAUAAUUCAUUCUAAUGGAGAGAAGAAGUUGCUGACAAAUAUACUAUGAUGUCAUUCAUCCAGAGAGAAAAAAGAAAGCAAAGGUUUACUUCCAACUACUUUUCCAUAUGUGACUUCUGUUGUUAAGUCAUUAGGUAGCUUUAGGCACACCACCUUCAACCCCACAUCUGCAAUAUGGGGAUAACAACACUAUCCUGCCUUACCAAGUCAUUACAAGGAUUAAUGAGAUAAUGUACAUGAAGUGCUUUGAUCACUUUUAACAUGCCAUAUGGAUACAUAGCCAUAAUAUUUCCCUAGGCUUCUGGAUAUAAAGUGGACCCAUAAUAUCAAGGCUGGGUUGGGUGUGGAAUUUGUUAUUUUUUAAGCUGUGUAAUUGUGAAGUAGGAAGUGAUAGCCAUUUAGGAAAGGACAUUUCACUGCAUUCACACUUUAGAAAGAUUAAUUCAUCUCCUUUAUGGUCACAUUUUACACAUAUCGAAAUGAAAUCUUUUCUGUGGCCCCUGAUUUUAAUAUAUGUUGCUUUCUUCAUUAAACCUCUACACAACUUCAUUUAUAUGUGACCUUGUUUCAUUUGUAUUUGUUUCCUUUUGAGAUUGACCUCACUUUUCUGUAUGUCUAUGGAAAGCAUUGCUUUCCUUUGUGUUAGCCUUAUACCAUUCAGUAUUACUUCUCCUGAAUACACUGUGAACUUCAAAUGGAAUGGCUGCCUGAUUUGAAUAAAAUAGGUUUCUUUUA